ACCGAAUACAAACAAUGAAACGACUUUCUGAACAACAAACAAAGGUUUUGUUUGAAAAACUAUCCAAAUAUAUUGGAACGAAUGUAAAGCUGUUAAUUGACCGUACCGAUGGUACCUACUGCUUCCGCGAGCUAAAAUCCCGCGUCUACUACAUGUCGGAGAAAAUUCUUAAACUAGCAGAAACGGUACCAAGGGAACACAUGGUAUCGGUAGGCACGUGCUUCGGCAAGUUUACCAAGGGCAACAAGUUUAUACUGCACAUUACCGCACUGGCCUAUCUAGCCCCGUACGCGCAGUACAAAAUCUGGCUCAAGCCAGCGGCCGAGCAGCAGUUCCUGUACGGUAAUAACGUCGCGAAAUCGGGCAUGGGCCGUAUCACCGAAAACACACCCGUCUACCAGGGUGUUAUCGUGAUGUCGAUGAAUGAUGUUCCGCUCGGAUUUGGUGUGGCGGCAAAAUCCACGAACGACUGUAAAAUGGCCGAUCCUUUAGUAACGGUUUGCUUCCAUCAAGCGGAUAUUGGUGAAUACAUUCGAUCGGAGGAAAACUUAAUCUAAGCAAGUGGUA